GUCAAAGAAACGUCAGUGUUUCAAAAGAAAGUACAUAUUUUGCAGUGAGAGAAAAAAAUCCAUUCGCGGUGAUCGAAUUCAUAUCAUUUUCGCAUUGAUUUAACUGAGAAAGCAACUCCGUAAUCAAGUCAAAGUAUUCGCAAAAGUACAAAGUGAAGUGUAAAUUGUCGUUUUGAUGUGUUUUUAAGUUUCUUAAGACGACGACUCCACAACACAACUGAGCGAAAAGAGCACCAGUUAUGCAGAAAAACCACCAACUGGACGCAAUACGAGACUACAAGUUACCUUUCCGGCAACACUGGCAGUAAGAGUGCAAACAGGAGCUGCAGAAUUAGCAAAGUGAUUUUGAGUUUAGUUAAAUAUUUAAGAAAAAAAGAAAAGUUUAGAAAAGGUGCAGAAAAACGCGACGACGAUGGCGAGUACAACGUCAUCGGUGGAGAAGGAGGAGAGCCCAAUGGAUUACUCCAGUAUUCGCGGGAAGACAGUGUUGGUGAGCCCCACAGAGGAGCAAUUUGAGUUGCUGAAGAAGCGCCUGGAGGAGCGCAUUGAGGACAGUCGAGGGGAGACAAUUUACGAGAUUGGCAUUGGGGACGAUGGGGGUGACAGUGGGCUCGAAUUGGAGGAAUUUGCCGCAAGUCUUGCCACUCUGCAAUCUCUGGCCACCACACUGGAUGCCGACUGUGUGGAGUUGAGGCAGCGCAAGGCAGACAAGGGACUCAUCACGGGGCAGUACCUGGUGAGGAAGCGCGUUGACAUGUCUGAUUUUAUGGAGAUUCGCGUGGCUGUUGUGGGGAAUGUUGAUGCAGGUAAGAGUACCCUUCUGGGGGUCCUCACGCACGGAGAGUUGGACAAUGGACGCGGGCAUGCACGGCAGAGGCUCUUCCGGCAUAAGCACGAAAUGGAGAGUGGGCGUACUAGCUCAGUGGGAAAUGAUAUCUUAGGAUUCGACAGCCUGGGGAACGUGGUCAAUAAGCCUGACCAUGGGACCCUCGAUUGGGUGAAGAUUUGCGAAAAAUCCGCAAAAGUCAUCACAUUUAUCGAUCUCGCGGGGCACGAGAGGUAUCUCAAGACAACUGUUUUCGGCAUGACCGGCCAUGCUCCUGACUUUGGAAUGUUAAUGAUUGGGGCCAAUGCCGGGAUUGUGGGAAUGACGAAGGAACAUUUGGGAUUGGCUCUGGCCCUUUCCGUGCCAGUCUUUGUUGUUGUAACGAAGAUUGAUAUGUGCCCACCGAAAGUACUGCAGGACAACCUCAAACUCUUGUAUAAGAUCCUCAAAUCCCAGGGAUGCCGCAAAGUUCCCGUGAUGGUGAAGACACCCGACGAGGUGGUCCUCAGUGCCACUAAUUUUGUCUCCGAGCGCCUCUGCCCCAUCUUCCAGGUGUCCAAUGUGACGGGAGAGAAUUUGGAUUUGCUGAAGAUGUUCCUCAAUCUUCUCACCACACGUAUGCCGGGUCAUGACAAUCUCCCGGCUGAAUUUCUCAUUGAUGACACAUACUCCGUGCCCGGGGUGGGUACUGUUGUCUCCGGCACGUGCUUACAGGGCUUGAUUAAGCUCAAUGAUACCCUCCUACUUGGACCUGAUCCCCUUGGGCAGUUCCAGGCGAUUGCUGUGAAAAGUAUUCACCGGAAGAGGAUGGCUGUGCGGGAAGUUCGUGGUGGUCAGACGGCUAGUUUUGCCCUGAAGAAGAUCAAGAGGUCCCAGAUUCGCAAGGGUAUGGUGAUGGUGUCUCCAGAACUCAAUCCAAAGGCUUGCUGGGAGUUUGAGGGGGAGAUUCUCGUGCUGCACCAUCCAACAACGAUAUCCUCACGCUACCAAGCAAUGGUACACUGUGGCAGUGUCCGGCAGACUGCUUCCAUCUUGUCAAUGUCGAAAGAUUGCCUCCGGACGGGGGAUAAGGCGCACGUGCGCUUCCGUUUUAUCAAGCAUCCCGAGUACAUUCGUCCCGGGCAGCGUUUGGUCUUCCGCGAGGGACGCACGAAGGCUGUGGGGAAUGUACUGAAGCCACUGACGAGUGCAGCUCCAAUGCAGAAUCGUCAGAAGCCCAACAAGAUGCAGGCACGCGGGCAGCAGAAUCAGAAUCCAAAUAUUCAGACUCCUCCGGCAAAUGGGGGUGAUUUAAAGACAUCAGCAACACUGGAUGGCGUUCUCGAAAUGACUUGUGAUAAGCGGGACAGCGCUCAGCGGGGGAAACGCACCAAGAGGGCUCCCACUGUGGCGGCAUCAGCAAGUGGUGGAGUUGCCCCAGUUCCGGCCACUGCCGUUCCAUCGAACUAAACAUGAUGCAAUUUGCGAUUCAGGACUCUUUUAUCUUUUUUUUUCGACACACCCACACAAUUCAAUAAUAUUUUAUGUAAGUUAGAAAAGAAAUCCAAGUCUUUCUAGAAGAUGGAGUGUUCCUGUAAUUUAUUUCUUUUUAUUAUUUUUUGGAUAAACUUCCAAAAAUAAUAAUUUUUUUCAAACGAAAUGUUCAAAUUUUAACUUCAACGACGUUCAAUUUUUUUUUGUAAAUUUGUUUAGUACAAAGAAUGCGACAAAUUUAAUUUUUUUUUCUUGGUUUCUGUAAAUGAAAUUUACGAAUGUGAAAUUUUCCUCAAGGAAAGCAAAGUGAAAUAUUUUCUCAUGAAAUUUGUAAUGAGAGGGAAGGAAAAAGUAAGAAAUUUCUAAAAUAAAGAUUUAUUUUAUAGAAAAAAAGAAA